GUCAGCGCCUCUUUCCAUCCUGAGUGGUUUGCUGUUUUCACACUGCCCUGGGGGUUGGAGGAAGGAAGAGUUUCUCACGAAAACUCUGGGCCUCUUGGCAGUCGCCUCCCCACUCCCCCACCGACCCCUCAUGUUUCCAUCAACUGGCAGAAACUAGAGAGUGGCCCCACUGCUUCACCCUGGGAGCACCGACAGCUGGGUGAGAAAGAGCACAGCUCCUGCAGCGGGCAUUGUGGCCGCCUCCAGUAGACCAGAUCUGAUGAACCUUCUACCAACUCAGCCUGGAAUUUCAGGUGAAGCAACUUAGAAAGAGGUAAGAAAAGUGGAAGCCAUACUGGCUAGUCAGUCACAACACUGAGAAGGCUUAGAAGCUGCCAAGCCCCUCAGAGGUCCAGUGAUGUACAGCACCCCGGCCCCUCCAGAGGUCACAAGAAGGAACUCAAAGCCCAGUACUCGGCAGGGGACUCUUGGCAACCUGCAGGGAGAGAAAGGCCAGAUCAUCUUCCCUGGCUUUGUCAUGCUCCUGAUCAUCGUCCUGGUCAUCAUAGCUGCCUGUAUCCUGUGGAGCUGGAAGAAACAGAAGAAGCGGCGUGUUCCUUACUUCCAAGUAGAUCCAUCACUGACUCUGCCUCCACCCAGACAGCGAGCCAAAAAUAUUUAUGACUUCUUGCCCCGGCAGCAGACAGAGCUGGGGAGACAUCAGUUGAGUGGUUUCAGUACCGAGAGCCUCCUCUCCAGAGCAUGUGACAGCCCUGAGCCUGAGGUCCCCCAAGCCAGUGGUUCCCUUCAGAUGCAUAGAGUGUCCGUUCAUGCUGAGGAGUACACGGUAGACAUCUAUGACAAUGGCACAGUGCCCCAGAUGUGCGGGCACCUGACCUCCUCAGCACAUCACAUCUGUGUCAGAGCUUCCAGAAGUAACCCCAGCAUUUCUUCCAAGGAGUCAAAUGAUUAUGUCAAUAUCCCUACAGCAGAGGACACCGGUGAGACUCUAACUCGCAUAGAAAGCACUCCUGAAAAUCACCUUGGUCUUCCAAGUGCCCUGCGGCUGGAGUUUGCUGAAGGAGGGCUCGCGGGCUGUGGGAAUGCCACCGACCACCCUGGUUUGUGGGCUCCAGGACCCAAGUGCAGCGAUUCACUCAGCGACGGAGACGAUUCAUCUCAGACUUCAAACGACUACAUCAAUAUGGCAGGGUUGAAUCUUGAGGACAUCCAAGAGAAUCGGCCCAGGGGAGCUUUUCAGUGCCGCAGAGAUUAUGAAAAUGUCCCAUGGGUGGAUACCAAUGAAAGCCAGCUGCAGACUCUGGAAGAAGUGACAUCGUCAACUAUAGACCACCAGGAGCCUAUCUGGAGGACCCUCUCUUCAGUGUAUCAUAUAGCAUUUCAGCCGUCGGCCCAGAAUGAGGACAGCGCCGCCGUGGUCCAUGGAGACGAGCAGUCAAGUGAAGACUCCAGUGACUAUGAGAAUGUGCUGGGUGCCAAGACAGAAGGCAGGGACUGGAAGCGGAGACCUGGUACUUGGCAUCCUUCUGAUGAAGGAACACCGGGCGACCUAGCUGGAAAGCUCUGUGAGAUGGUCUACCCUGCUGGGUCUUUAGCCACUGAAACAUCUGGCGAAGAUGCCUGAACGCCCUUGCAUCUCGGGACUCACUUGGUGAGGGGCAGGAGGCCGAGAGGAGCUGGGCACUAGCAGGCUUCCCCAAAGUAAAGGAUUAGGGAGGGAGUCCAGAGAAUCCUUCCUGAGCAAGAUUGCUGUCAGCUCUCAGGCCAACUGAAGAAAGUUAGUGACACUAUGUUAUGGGGAUGUUGGGGAUAAAAAAGGCACAUAGCACUUAGAGUGGAAGCGUGACGUGGUAGAAAGUAAUCAGGGUCACAAACUCCAGCUGGCUGCCAUGCCAAGCAGGAGAAUAGAUUAUUCUGUGGCUUGGGCAGGCCCAAAGGAGGAUCGGGCUGGGGUAGAGUGGGAGAUGUCCAGCUCGAGGAGAGCCGGCGGGGGUGUAGAACGACAGGAGCCCUGUCGCUGCUGGCGGAUUGCAGAUCAGGUACCUGCCCUUGGAGCCGUCCCUCUCACCCUUGGGAUCUGAAACUACUGUGUACAAAUAAGUUAAUCUGUUGUAGAUAAGGAGGGGCAGGUUCCCUUUAAGCUGUUUUUACUUUAUUAACCUGAGCGAUAUAUGGUCACUUUCUUUUUUUUUUUUUUAACUUUUGAUUCUCUGUGAAUUUCACAGAUGUACCCCAAUCCCACUCAUCUCCCCAUGCCUUUCUAUCUGCCCUCCACCCUUGCAACCUCUCCCAGCAAAAAGAAAAUUAAAAAAAAAAUAAAUUAAUUAAAAAAAAAAAAC